AGCGGUAGCAGCAGCCAGACCGCGCCGCAGCCCCUCGCCGCUCCUGCGCCUGCAUCCGCCGCUGCUGCUGCCACUGCCGCACCUGACGCCGCCGCCUCUGCCGCUGCGUUCGCGCGCUUCCGGCCCACCAGCCACUUCCUCGCGCCGCGCGGCUGGAUGAACGACCCCUCGGGGCCCUCGUGGGACCCCGUGGCACAGCGCCACCAGCUCUUCUACGAGUGGAACCCGCGCGGCUCGACGUGGGGCCACAUGAGCUGGGGCCGCGCACAUGCGCCGAGCCUCGCCGGCCCCUGGACGCACGACAACCUGCACGACGAGCAGGGCAAGGACCAGCCGGUGCUCGAGCCUAAGGCGCCGUGGGACUGCGAGGGCAUCUUCACCGGCUGCGUCGUCACGCACGGCCCCGCCGGCGAGGCACACCUGCAGACGGCCAUCUACACGGCCGUGUCGGCGCUGCCCAUUCACUUCUCGCGCGCAUACAACCGCGGCUGCGAGAAGCUGGCGCUGGCGACGUCGGCCGACGGCGGCAAGACGUGGGAGCGCAGCAGCACGCUCGUGCUGCCCGGCCCGCCCGACGGCAUCGACGUGCUCUCGUGGCGCGACCCGUACGUGGCGCCGUGGCCUGAGAUGGACGCGCUCUUCGGCACCGCGCCCGACACGCACUACCACGGCAUGAUUGCCGGCAGCGUGCCCGGCGUCGGGCCGCGCCUCUUCCUCUACCGCAUCCCGCGCACGCAGCUCGGCAGCUGGACGUUCCUCGGCACGCUCGGCGAGUUCGGCUUCAACGAGUCGCUGCCCGGCGCGCCGUGGAGCGGCGAGCUGGGCCGCAACUGGGAGGUGGGCAUGUUCUUCACGCUGCGCGCCGCGUCGGGCCGCAGCACGCAGUACGUGCUGCUCAACGUCGAGGGCUGCCUGCUCGACGAGCCGGCGCGCCACCCCAUGUGGCUCGCGUGCAGCUUCGACGCCGACGCCGCGGGCAAGGCGCGCAUGCUGCCGCAGGCCAGCGCGCUCCUCGACGACGGCUGCGGCUACGCCAGCUCCAGCUUCCUGGAUCCUACGACGGGACGGCGCAUGAUGUGGACGUGGGUCACCGAGGACGACCUGCCCGAGGCGCACUACGAGCCGCAGGGCUGGAGCGGCUGCAUGUCGCUGCCGCGCGAGCUCUUCCAGCUCGAUAUCCCGCACGUCACCGGCGCGCUGCACACGCCGCUCAAGGACAUCGGCAGCUUCUCGCUCGAGACGCAGAGCGACGGCACGGCGCUCGUGUCGACGCUCGGCAUCCGCCUCGGCGACGAGGUCGUGCGCCUGCGCGAGGGCGCUGCGCGCCGCUGCAACGCCGAGACGCAUGUGCUUAGCGACGCCUCGCUGCGCCUGCCCGUCGCCUCGCGCUCGUGGGAGCUGUGCGCCACGGUCAAGGUCGACGACGCCACCAAGAGCGUCGGCAUCGUCUUUGCACACAACGACUCCCUGUCGCAGCGCUCCAGCAUCGCCUUCCACCCGGCGCAGGAGCGCCUCAUCGUCGACCGCACGCACUCGACCAAGUUCGACGCCGGCAUCAAGACGACGCCCAUCUCCAGCCCGCUGACGCUGCUGCGCACGCGUGCGGCCGCCGGCGCGCCCGAGGAGCAGGAGUUGCUGCGUCUGCGCGUCGUCUGCGACAACUCCGUCGUCGAGGUCUUUGCCAACGACCGCCUGGCGCUCGCCACGCGCAUCUACCCCGACGACGCCGCGUCCGUCGGCCUCUCGCUCUUCGCCGAGGGCAAGGCCGCCUUUGAGACGCUCGACGUCUGGGAGGGCCUGGCGGGCGCCUUUGAGGCGCCCCGGCCCGCCAACCCGGCCGCCAAGGCCGCGCGUCACCACCUCUAGACUUGCUCCUCUGCCCUGCUCCCGAGCCCCGCCGCUUUUACACACGCCAUCACCCACGACCUCACACGACCCACACGCCCCUCAUCUGCUCAUGUCACACGACGCGUUCACAAUGCUAGAGUUACAG